AUGCUGCCCUCCUUUUCUUCCUUUUGCGGCCUGGUCGUCUUUCUCCUUCCCGUCAACAAGAUCAUUGCUGCGCUUGUCGCAGGUAUCCUGGGCCUGGUUCUCGGCUUCUACACUUUCAUGACCAUUUUACCGUUGAUACAAUUCGACUCUCCAUAUCGCACUCCAUUCUCCAAUGCCAUCUGGGGUCUCUCGCGAUUCUGUGCACUUUUGUUUUAUCAACCGACGCGUUCUGCCAGUCCUGCAACCAGUCCUGCGACUCUUGUCGACAAUAUGAUUGUCCGUGCCAUCUCCCCCUCUGUCGGACGCCGUGAGCGCGAUGUCUCGGCGCUUAUUUGGACUGUGAGCUCGUUGUCUGAUGACACUGAGCCGCAGAACUUCAUUGAAACCAUUCCUGAUGCAAUGUGGGGUUCAUCUGAGCAACACCACGGAAACGUUGCGCUGAUGACGAGGUUGUGUGCUUCCGAGGAGGUAAAUCUGCCCUACAGGAUCGCAGAACUCUGGCGGAGCCGUAAUGAUGGUUUGUUAACAUCCGAUGCCAUUGAAAAACGCGAUGCUGCCUGUCUCAAGGCAUUCUGGGCCCUUUGCAAUAUCUCUGCUCCACACCCAACUACUCCAUUCAUACUUCCUCCAAUUCUGGAACAUAUUCCCCUGUACCCCGAUUCUCCUCAUUCCCCGUAUUCAAAUGUCAUUUCCUCGCCAUUUUACAUCUCCAUGAAAACCAUGGCGAACUGGAGCGGCAUCGGAUGGCUGCAGAUGUACCUCCAGCAACACGCCAGUCGUUGGGCUGGAAGCGCUUAUUCUGACCCAGUUCGGCGCUACCUUUUUCGAUCAUUUCUCUUUUCAUCAUCAGAGAUCAGAGCAGCCAUGUUAACGCUCAAACUUUCGAUAACCAACUCAAAACAAUUUGAUAUGGUCUCUCGAGAACUUUGCACGUCUGUUUCUCAUCGCUUAUUCUUCGACUAUUUGCAAACUGCCACCACUUGUGGCUUGCUGCCUUACCGCUGGCAAGAGACUCUGGACACCAUCUAUCUCAAUGACUUGCGGUCUACUAUAAGUGAAAAUGCGCUCCGAGAACUCGAGUCUACGAUUGAUACUGUUUUCUCUAAAGUACGGAGAGUUCCUCGUCUAUGGGAACAGGCGGCGGCGCAAACAGUGAUGAGAGUUCUUUGCGGUCUUUGGCGGCCACAAAAGGCGAGAGAGAUCCCCAUGGGCAUCAUUGCGUAUCUCAAAUAUCUUGGCAAAGACGCCUCAAGGAACUCUCAAGUUUCACUGCUUUUCGCGGGACUCUAUCGUCACCUUUGGCGUUGUUUUCCGUCGACUAUUGCCUUGUAUUCCAUCGAGUCGUCAGCUGCCAGCGCAAACUCCCACCACUCAGAAACGGCACUCCAUGACAUGCUAGCUGUUCUCUGGAUGAGUAUAGAUUUGACAAUGGAAAGCACUGGCACGGCUCGACUCCCACCACCUAGCGAAGAUGAAUCUAAUGCGGUCAUCGAAGCACUCGCAAUAUGCGCGUCGCCAUUGGCUCUAGCAGUCAUGCUAGUUGUCAAAGCGGUAUUGCUGUGGGGUCAAACAAACACAGCAAUUCCUUUCGCUCUGGUUAGGAAAAGGUUAUUCGAACUUAAUCACCUUCAUUCCACUGAUCUCGGUGGGAAGCUCGAAGACGUCGUCAUCAUACUUUCUUACCUUUUUGAACAACGCACGGUAAUCGCUGUUACCGAUGUGCUCCGUGUCAUCAACGCACUGCGUAGCCUCACGUUCCUCAAACCAUAUGAUCGCAAUGACGACCUGAUAGUCCAUGACCUCCACCAGACGCGUUUUGCCCACGGACUGAUGAAAAUAUCUCAUUUGCCGACCCAGCAAUGGCAUCUGGUCGUGCGCAGAGUGUUUGAAAGUCCCGUGUUUGACGCACCAGAAGGCUUGGAACGCUUCCAUUGGAUAACUGAACCGGCAGCUCAGGAAAAUCUCCGCAUUGUACAACGACAAAUGGCCAAAUUUCGCGACGUGGAGCAGUUUGCAAUUGAGCUCUAG